CUUCUCCCUCCCUUCUCUGGUUCUUCUUGCACGCUGCUGCCCAAUGCUCUAUCAUGUAGCCGGGUCUUCCCGACAGUUUUGAUUAUCUGGUGCUAGAGAACACAAAGAUUGAUUUAUCCGAGCGCAGGCAGCCGCCCAACCGACUUACAUUCACAGCCUGACUGACUGACUGAUUGAUUCCCGGCCAGCCUGAAACCGGAUAGGGGCAGCAGCAAAGCAUACUAGCUGACAUAGCCCGCCGCCGUGUUGGCGCAUCCUCAGCCCAUCAACCACAUUCCUCCACCCACCGUCGUUCUUCACUAAAUCGUCUAGUCCCUUUGUUCCUACAGGCCAGCGCGGUCGCCUCGUGGAUCGCACCCAUGCGUGCCAUGUCCGCCGCGUCAACGGCCACCACUGCGACCUCCGACCCCCCGGAUUCCGGGCCCAACUUGUCCACGUCGCAGCUCUUCUCCCCUCCUCCUCCUCCUCCACCACCCGCUCUGUCUAUCUCCGCUGCCGACCAGGCCACACCGCGACGAAUCAAGUCCAAGUCAUCCCUACGCAGCCUUCGCAGUCUGGGGAGUAGCAGCCAUCACGAAGACGACGCCGACGAAUCUCACGAACCUGGUUCCGACAAGUCGCUCAUCCGCCCGUCCAUCCUCCGCCGCUUAUCCCCCGGCCUCGCCGCCCGCGUCAAGUUACUAGACGGCAGCCACAAAUCUAAUAGUCCCUCUCGCAUCGCCAGUGCAGUGGGUCGGAUUCCGGAGGAACACAUCAAGGAGCUCGACAGUUUACACCAGAAUUUAUCGAUCAAAGUCGAAAAGAGAGGUCGCGCGUGGAAUGCUAUCCCACGGCUGCACAAGGACAAGAAACAGCAGAGUGCUUCCGCAUAUUUAGAAGUCCCCGAUCCAGAGCUACCGGAAGAAAUCCCAGAGGAGCUAGAGGAGGCACCGACACCCCAUUCGGAUCGUCUAUUGGAUCUACUUCUGGGCCAGGAGCAACCGGAGCAACCGGAGCAACCGGAGCAACAGGAGCCACCAGAGCCGACACUUACAGAAGAGGUCAUUGAGAAGGUGAUUGAAGAGGAGCCGGAAGAGGAGCCAGAAGAGGAGCCAGAAGAGCAGAAAGAGCCUACGCUCACAGAACAGGUGACCGAGGAGCAGGCUAAGGUAGUGGAAGAGGUUGAGGAAGAGCCAGUCAUGUCUCUUGUGCAGCAUGCUCCGGUACCACUGGUCCCCGGGCCAGCCACGCAGUCUAAUUUAUCCAACCAGACAGAUUACGAGAAAUACAUCCAGAGCACCAGUGACCGCGAGUCGCAUCCCCCUCCUCCCCCGCCGAAAGAGUAUUCGCGCCCGACGUCAACCACCUCAUCGAACUCGCAAUCCUACUUCAACCCUCUGGGCCUACAACGCACCGAAUCGGUUUUCUCCUUCUCGCGCGCCUCGUUUAGCAAUCAACUCGCCCAGCUCACGUCCAUCUCCCUCCCGCAACCCGCGUCCCUCGAGGCUAGUAUUUCCUCGAUCCCAACCGCCCCGGUGGCGGUCCGGGCGCUGACCGGGGCUGCCGAGCAAAUCCAGAUCUGGGUUAAGAAGGCAUUCGACGUGCUAGGCGGGCUGGAUGCGGAAGACGAGGUGGAGUGGGCGGCCGCAGCCGGACGAGAGGGUUUAGAGGGGGUGGACGCAGCGAUCAACCGGUUUGAGAGCUUAAUCAAUGUCUACGUCCGGGCGAUCGAAGCCGUCCAACUGCGCGACGACAUUGGCAACGUGAGCACCGACAGCCUCCAGACGAUCGUGGUGCAGAUGGACGCCAUCAUCCAGAGCUGGGCACAAAUCAAGCGUCGACUGCGGGGGGUCAAAGAACAGGUGGAGCUGGCGAUGGAGUGGGAGGAGCUGUGGGCGAACGUCUUGGGCGAUGUUGGGGCCGAGGUGGAGAGCCUUGGUGAGCUGAUCUUUGAGAUGGAAGAGAAACGGCACUGGACGCUCGCUGGCGAGCAGGAUUCCAGUGCCUCGGGACUUGACAUCAACGAACUGGAGACCAUCGUGGAAGAGACCCCGUCGAAUCGUCGCAUGCUGUCCAGCAAGCGGCUCAGCAUCGAUCCCAUCCUCACUGGGCCGCCCGCCAUCGACACGCCCGUCAUCCAAACUCCGCACGACGACACGAACCACUCGAACCUGAUCGCGCUAUUUGCGCGGAUCCAACCGUUGCGAGCCUCGCUGGAUUUCUUGCCCAUGCGGCUGUCCAUGUUCCAGUCGCGGGCCGAGAAGAUCUUUCCCAGUGCGUGCCAGGACCUCGAGCGCCGGCGCGAUCAGCUCGAAGCGCGUUACAAGACGCUGGAGGCGGAUGCAGAGGCGCUGCAGAAGGAGUUGAACGAAGACCGCUGGAUCCUGGUGUUCCGCAAUGCGGGCGGGCAGGCGCAGAAGAUGUUUGAUUCCGUCGAGCGGAGCAUCGCCAAGUUGCAGGAGGCGAUUGAGACGGGCGCGCAUAUCCACGAUGCGCCCCUCUUUACGAAGCGGAUUGAGAGCUACGAGGCGAAGAAGCAGCACUACGUGGCGGCGAUCGAACGGGUUGUCGGGAUUAUCCGCAAGGGCGUCAACGACCGACUCACGGUGAACGGGGAGACUCUCCGGCUGUUGUCGGACAUGACCUCGCGGGUCGACGCGUUGAAGGCGAGUAUCCGGGCGAUGGACGACUGGCUGGAGGACAUCAACUUUGUCCGAUCGCAGCAUCUCCGGGACUCGAUCUCCAGCAUUGUGACGAUGGACAGCCCUCUCACCGGCAGUGUGGCCGAUACGCCCGGCAGUUCUCCGGCCUCGUCAGUGGUCAUGACGCCUGCCAACCCUCACAAGGGGUCUGGGAUGCCCUUGGGGUCGUCCAGCCGGCGAGGCAGCUCGGUCAGCUCGGCAGCGCGCACGACGAUGUCGAAGAUGCGCCGGUAUUCGGGCAUCCCGCAGGCGGCGGCGACGCUGACGAGCAAGAAAUCGUCUCUCCCCAAGGCCACGCUCACGGCACCGUCGCCUGGUCGAGCCGGAGCCGUCACCCCCACGCCCGCCACGCGCAAGUCGGCGCGGCCGAUGCAGACGCCCUCGGCCUUGAGCAACCGCCCGCGGUGGAACUCGAGCACCAAUACCAACGACCUAUACGGCAAGCCCCAACCCUCGCCGGUCCGCAAACCUGCGUCGAGCCGGCCCGCAUCCACCGUGCCGUUCCGGCGCGACCUGUCGAUGUCCCCGGGACCGAUGACUGCGCGGUCCCUGAGCCGAGUAUCCAGCCGGCUGGCCUCGCGCAGUCCGGUGCGGCAGGGCUCGCCGACUCCCGGGGGGUCGCUCCUGGAUCCUCCGCCGUACAGUAAGCUCCGGCGACCGGACGGGAUGUCCAAUGCGCCGCGCAGCCGGCAGAGCUAUGCGGGGCUGUCGUUCAGCCGCAGUGUGUCGCACGACUAUGACCGGGGCCUGGCGAGUCCGACCAAGGCGCCGCGGCCAGGGACGGCGCUGGGCCAUUCGGCCAACCGGCGGAUCAGUUUGAUUCCGUUACCGAAGCACAAGGAGACCCCGCACAGCAAGCUCGGGGAGCGGCCGCCGUGGCGGUAUUCAGGGCGUUGAAGCAUUUCCGGGGUUUUUGAUUUAGCAUUUCCGUUUUCUCGCAUUACUACACUCAUGUACUAUGCAUUGGCAUUGCGGUUGGGAGCCAGUGGUGUCAUUACCGAUUGCUUGAUGCCGGUUGUUAGAUUGAUUCCCCACUCGCAUUGAUUUAGCGGAGUACUUUGACAGGGCAUGUAUUUGGCGGUAAUAUCUAUCUAUGGAAUGUGAUUGAGCGUUUAGACCAGGGAUCUUCCAAUGAUGAGAGCAUCGACGAGGUCGGGGCUGUUCGCCAGACGCGCGGC